AUGUCUCAACUUAAGAAAGACUCCUCUAUUCUGAUCAUCGGCGGCGGUACCUGGGGCUGCAGCACCGCUCUCCAGCUCGCGAGGGCCGGCUACAACAACGUGACCGUCCUUGAGCGAAGCCCGAUCCCUUCGCCGACAGCUGCUGGAAACGAUGUAAAUAAAAUCAUGGAGGAGGGCGCGCCCUCAGACGCAGAUACCCCUGAGCAAUACGUCUGGAACCGAAUGCACCAGAUCACCGCAAGUGCUUGGAAAACUGACCCGGUCUUUCGACCCUUCUACCACCCAACCGGUUUCAUCAUGGCCGCGAGCCAGGACUAUGCGAGGUCGCAUGUUGACGGUUACCUCCGUACAUGCAAGGGCAAGCUCCGGCUUCUCAACUCCGCCGAGGACUUCCGCCGCACAAUGCCAGAGGGUGUCCUUACAGGAGACUUUCCCGGUUGGAAGGGAUUCUUCCGCGAGACGGGUGCUGGGUGGGUUUUCGCGAGGGGUGCACUCGAGGCCGCGUACAAGGAAGCUUCGAGGCUGGGUGUCAAUUUCGUAACUGGGGAUGAAGGGGCCGUUGAGAAACUUGUAUAUUCGACCGCUGGAGACGAUGUAACCGGUGCACAGACAGUCGAUGGACGUGAGCACAAAGCAGACCAUGUUAUCCUCUGCGCUGGGGCCGGCAGCGACCAGCUACUCGACUUUGAGAAACAGCUGCGCCCGACUGCGUGGACACUGGCCCAUAUCCAGAUGGCCGAGGCUGAGAGGGCGUUGUGGAAGGAUCUGCCAGUCCUGUUUAACGUUAACAGCGGGUUCUUCAUUGAACCCGAUGCAACAGGCCAACUAAAGUUCGUCGACGAACACCCAGGCUACUGCAACAUCACCGACCCCAACUCACCCUUCGCAAAAUCCAUCCCCUUCGCAAAACACCAAAUCCCAGUAGAAUCCGAGCGUGCUGCACGCCAAUUCCUCCGCGAGACCGUCCCACAAAUCGCCGAGCGCCCCUUCGUAUUCGCGCGGAUCUGCUGGGACGCUGAUACGCCUGAUCGGCAAUUCCUCAUCGACCGCCACCCGAAGUACAAGUCGCUUGUUGUGGCCGUGGGCGGGUCGGGGAAUGGGUUUAUGAUGAUGCCGGCUGUGGGGGUUGCGAUCAAGGAGACGCUGGAGGGCGUGCUGGAGGAAAGGCUGAGGUAUGGGUUUCGGUGGAGGCCUGAGACCGCGGUGGGGAGGGACUGGAGGGAUACGCAGGAUAGGUAUGGGGGGAGUGGCAGGGUAGGCAAUUUCCAGGAUGUGCGCGAGUGGACGAGUGUUAUGUCAAAGUUAUGA